CGUUACAAAGAUUAGCUGGGAACAAAGCGCUGAAUCCAGACAACGCUAGUUCGCCAGUCAACCGUGCAAGCAAGCGCAAGUCAGAACGUCGUCUGUUGGGGAUUUUGAAUUGUUUAAAUAGUGAUUUACUUUGUAUUCGGGACCCAGCUCAAUAGUAAAAUAGAUAAGGCGAUUUGACGUUGCUGGCAUAUCGGUCGCCAGUAACAGCGAAGUGAUGGCAGAGCGCGAGCAAUCGCGCGGCGGAGGCCAAGAAGGCUUGGAGGACAUCCUCCAACAGCGGGACGAAGGAGGACACCAGAAUGGCGGAGCACCUAGUUACCCGGAGGGGGCCGAUGCGGCCGUCCUGCCGGUGGGGGCGGUCCCCCGCGACGCCAUGGAGGAGUAUCUGGAGCUCAUUAACAGAUCGUUUUAUCGGGAGAGUCCUGUCGUACAGGCGGCGGCUGUCUCCGCCGCAGGCCUGGCGGGCGGUGUCAGCAAGCCGCCCCUUCAACUGCUGGACUGGUCAAAUUCGUACUUGCACCUCAGGUUCCUACAGCUGUAUCCCGGGCGGCAAGUGCUGGCCAUUCUGGGCGUAGUGCACUGUCCCAUGUGCUCCAAUGUACAGCAGGCGUACGACGAGUUCAAGAAGAUUUGUCGAUCCUACCCCGAGGCCCUCGUGACCCGAUGUUUCGUGUUCGAGCCCAGCGAGGACCAUAUUCGUCAGGAGCGAGAUUGUCAACAGCUGUCUGACUUGGUCAUGUUUCCCCCGGGCCGCACGGGAAACGACGGCCGGCACGCAACAGCGCUUGUUUGGCGCUCCAACUAGACGGGAUCUAUGCCCGUUGGUCUCCUAACAUAAACGAAGUCGCAACUGGGGGGCUCUUCCUGCCGACCGAACGAACCGAGCAUCUCAGAGAGCUCGCUACCAGGACUUGGGCGACCGGGAGCCC